CUUUUAACUUUUGUAGCUCAGUGAAAGUCAGCAAGUUAGGAAUAUGGGGAUAUGCCUCACAAAUAUCACACAACACAGAGAACUAAUUAGUUCCCAUCAGGCUUUUCUAACUUCAACUAUGAUUUCAGACUUAAGGUAUUUACAUAUUAAGGGUACAGCAAAAUCAGGGCCAAUACCAGGCUUUUAGAGGAUGUUUAAAUUGAUUAUAAAGUCUAUGAAAUCAGAUGAAAUGCCUAUGGUGCCAUCAAAUUUAUUCCAGUAGAUAUGGAGUUGCACAGCACACUUUCUCUUGCACAUAGGCAGAAGCAUAAUGCUUAUAAAGAGCAGGACAUCAUAUUUGAGAUGCAUGCAAGUAGAUCACAGCUAAGAUGGGAGGUUUAUACUUUCUUGUGUACUUUCAGGGUAAAGCAACUGGGACUGAAUUCUCACGUAGUUUGCGUGUGUCAAAAUGAUGGAGACUGCUUAGUAAAACUUGCAGGAAUGCAUCACAUUAUUUGAUAUUAGGCAGGGACAGCAGAGCUCCCCCACCCCCACGUUCCUCUGAAAACCCGGACACCCCGAGGAAAGCCAGCCAGCGAGGGGACAGGAAGUCGAGGUCAAGGGUUAAUGGGGAGGAGAUUCAUUCUUUUUCUGACCUCUUGCAGAUCUCAGGGUUGUGUAAUCCACGAGACCUCAGCGUUAAAGACACGAAAGAGGCAAGCUGAGGAACAUUCAGGCAGGGAGAGGCAUGGCAUCAUGCUCUUUGUGGAGCAUGUGAUCCCCCGUGAACAGCAGAAUAUGGAGGAAAAUCAUUGAAUCUAAUUGUGCGCCUCACAGAGCCGUGGGGAGAGAUGGCUGCAGGGAGGAAAAACAGGCAAGACAUGAAGGCUGUGUCUGGGUGGAGUUCAGCUCCGGGUGCAUCAAAGAGAACAGGAUGUCGACGCUACCAUCAGAAAACAGCCCUGAAGACGCCAACAAUCGCAGCUUCUGGAUGCCAGGGAACUAUCAGCGCACUGUGAAGCGAACAGAAGAUGCCUUCCAGGCCUGUAAUGACAUAGUGGCAUGUUUCCAAGAGAGAGCUCGCGUGGAGAGGCAGUACGCCCAGCAGCUCAGUGAAUGGAGCAACAAGUGGAAGCCAGUAGUGGACUCCAGUCCUCUAUAUGGAUCUCUUCUGAAGGCUUGGCAGUGUUUUCUGUCCUCCGCUGAUCGGCUGGCCUCCUUACAUGCCUCCAUCUGUCGCUCCCUGGUGUCGGAGGAUGGAGACCGGGUCAGGACCUGGCAGAAGGACACCUUCCACAAGAAGUUAUUUGGAGGCUUCAAGGAGUCCCAGGACAUUGAGACAGGCUUUACACGUGCUCAGAAGCCGUGGGCCAAACGACUUAAAAAGCUGGAUAAAGUCAGAAGUGCUUACCACAAAGUGAGCCGGAAGGAGCAGGCAGCAAGGGAGCGAGAGGCACACGCUCAGGGAAACCCGGACGUUGCCAUCGACAAACAGAAGAAGAUCCAGGAGGAGAGAGAGCUGGCUCAACAGGAGGCUGAGAAGGUUCGUGCCCGCUAUGAGAAAGUCCUUGAGGAGGUGAACCGCUACGCUCCACGCUACAUGGAGGAGAUGGAGUCCAUCUUUGACCAAUCGCAGGAUGAGGAGCGGAAGAGGAUUGUCUUCCUCAAACAGGCCUUUCUCUCCAUCCACAAACACCUGGACAUUACCAACAAUGAGAGUGUGAGGGCCGUGUAUGAUGAGCUCCACAACACCCUGAUGGCCAUCGAUGAGCACGAGGACCUUCGUUGGUGGAAAAACACCCAUGGGCCCGGCAUGCCCACCGACUGGCCUCACUUCCAGGAAUGGAUGCCCGAGAAGAAACCUAAAAAAGGGAAGAAAGAAGUAGAAAAGAAAGGAACAAUAGAGAGAAGUGUGAUGAUCGGAGGAGUGAGAGUAAGAGCUCUGUAUGAUUAUGUUGGCCAGGAGACAGAUGAGCUGUCUUUUAAAGCAGGUGAGGAGUUCUUGAAGAUCGAGGAUGAGGAUGAUCAGGGCUGGUGUCGGGGGAUGAAGGACGAUGGGUGGGAGGGGCUUUACCCAGCCAACUAUGUUGAGGUGGUGUAGUUAAACGCAUCUAGACUAAAAAUGAAAGAUCUUGUUAUAUCACAUGCUUCAUUUCACUGUGUGAAGUCACAACGUGGUUAAACUUCUAAAUGUCAGAAACAUAAAACCAAUGCUGUAAAGAACAACACAAAGUAGCUGUUAGCCAAAGAUCUGGUCUGUGAUGAGAGUAUGAUCGCAUGUAUGAUCGUUUUAGCUUACAGAGAUUUAAAAAAUAACUACCCAGGUUGUGUAAUCUCUUGAAGGAUUUUGAAAAAUGUUUUAAUAUAUACAGUAUGCAUAGACCACUUGUAUUGAAGCCAUAUUAUAAACAAUGCUUUAAUGCAAAAAAAAGGUAUAAAAUGCUGCUCUUAAGGUACACUAUAUAACUAGCCAUUUGGUGCUGAAAUUGCAUUACAGGACUGCUAUUUUCGUUGAGCUGUUUUUAUUUUUUUGCACCUCAACAUAUGCUAUUAAAAUGCUCACAAAGCCUCUCAACAUAUGAAGAAAGUGACGCUAAUACUGUGAUUAUAAUUCAUCCGAAGCAGCCGUACAAUUGGAUAGAUUGAUAGAUGUAGAUAGCUAUAUGACUUAUAUUUCUCUUCUGUUUUUGUGGUUUAAAGGAACAGUUAAACAUUUUUAGGAAUAUGGUUGUUUGCUCUCAAACACACAAUGAGAUGGGAAGACUGAUCAGUUUCAUCUCUAUGUGUCAAGUACAGGGGGGAAACUGCUGGCCUAGCAGCAUCAACACUCCAAUGCUGUCUUAUUUUGUAUCUUCUUUACUUAAAGUGGCUAUAUAAAUAUUUUUAGCUUACAAACUUAUGUUAUGACACUUAUGUGAAAGGUUUCGCAUGUAGUGACGAGACCACAGAGAAAUAUCACCCGGCUUCGCAGUUAACCUCAGCUCCAUGGAGCUUUAUAAGAUAUUUCAGCUCAUUGUUUUGGUUUUCUGGCCCGCAAACCUUUGGUUCAGUCACAAAGCUCUAAAAACCCACUGUACACUAUGGGCUCAGCACCAAACAACAGACAGACACAGUUAGCAACUAGCUAAUAAACAUAGUGGAACAUUCAGCAGCUAAAUCACCUGAUAUUUCCCUUAGGAGUUGGUGGAGACCAAAAACAGAGCUAAAAGAGAGAGAAUACUGGACUUAAAUUCAUCAUGUGGCCAGAAGCUCAGACUCCAAAUGAAUGCUAAUGUUGCUCCCUAACUGCUGGAUGUGUAAAUAGGCCACUGUUUUGAGUUAUAUCUUCACAAGUAACUGCUAAACUGACCCGGUGACUGCACGCAAGAUCUCAAACGUCCUUGUGAAAACAAAAUUCGGUUGACUAUUGCUAUGACUAUAUAUUAUAAUUUUAUAUUGGGAAAACUCCAAUAUAAUAUUAAACUGCAUGUAAUUAUAAAUCAAGUCAAUUUUAUUUGUAUAGCCCAAUAUCACAAAUCACAAAUUUGCUUUUACAGUCUGUUUAGCACGACAACAAUACUUAUUAUUUAUGCUACAUCAGAAAAAUAGUCCAUUUAUUAUUUUUUCAAUUUUGAUGGAGUAAGGCUAGGAGUUUCUCCCUGUUUCCCUAAGCAUCAAGUUACCCAGGUCCAGGUCUAAACAUGUCCCAGAUGUAAAGCUAUUUCUGCACAGAACGUUCAGAGAUGAAACUGAUAUUGCUCUUCUUCAUCAGAUUCUCAGUUUGACGCCAAACAUUUACAUUUCUUAGCAUGCCACUGUUCCUUUAAGAUAAGUACUGGGGAACAAAUAGUUUUCCUGUCUGUCUGUAAUAUCUAAUCAUCUGUUGCUUUACUGUAUGUAUGGCGCUUAUCAUGGAGAGCAUCUUUACCAAAGUAAGGAAACGGCUUCCAGAAACUGCUGGGUUUGUCUUGCCCUUGUCCUUAGCUUUCUUCAGUUUCUGUGUAUGUGCUGUGUGUCUUUAUUUGUCAUGUAAAAACUAUGCAUUUUUCCCCAAAAAAUGUUUUUUGCAACUUGCCAGUCUUUGGAAAUAAAAUUUUAAACUGUUA